UAUCUACCAAUAUAUAUAUACCAAAGUGAAUAUCAUGUGAUUAUUAAAUUGAUAUAUCCCAUCAUUACGAACUUGUCAAAGCAGGGGUUUAGGAAGGAUGAUCAAACGGUGCAAGGUCCUCCCCUCCUCAUAGGCUAUGUGCCACCUUCUUCCCCUAGAAAAAUUCAAUGUUUCAUCAUUAGGCCGUUGUCAUCAUCAGCAAUUCUCAACGAUAUACAUUAUGCCUACUACUUCUUUAGUGUUUCUAAGAUGUUGUUGACAUAGGAUUCUGUGUACUACAUUUAAGUUUGAAUUGACAUAUUCAACAAUACGCGAGCAUACAGUGGACUAGUAUUAGAUUCAAUGAACUGAUCAAUAACCUUGAAUAGGCCUGUACCUAAGAAAUUGGUGCUUCUGAUCGGACAAAAGAAAGGUCAACCCAACAUUAUUUACGUUCUCUUGUCCACAGGCAGCUUCCGUCAAGUCGUUCAAAUCGUUUUGAAACUACAAACUGUGAUUAGUUUGGAUUUUAGAAGCGAAUAGGCAUCAUACAUAGACCUUACAGUGGAGUAGAUAAGGUCUAAAUAAUAUUGACUCUGCUGAAAUGUGACAUAAAUUGACGCUAUACAAUGUUUGACUUUCCACGUGAGACUAACUCCAAGCCAAAAGAAAAAGGCUUGCAGAUAGCUAACAAGAGGUUACCGAAUGUAUCAACUGUACCUGUACAUGGCUCAAUGACUCUGCCAAAGUGGGAUCAAUCGUCUUCCUCUAGUGAUGAAGAGAAUUCAAACGAUUUACAAAAGUCAUUAACUUUGCGAACUAAGCUUGAGAUGUGUUUCAAUAGUAAAGUGUUACCAUAUGAGGAAGAGGAGCAAAGGUUAGCAGUCUAUAAGCAGUAUGCAAACGGUCUUAUUGCAAGAAUUCAAAGGAACACAUCAUUUGUACGCGGGCUAAAUCCCAUACACGUUGGUAGCUCUGAUGACGGUCUAAGUUUAGCUACCAGCGACUUCAACAUAUUGAUACCACUAUCCGUAGGUAAUUCUGUAGUCAGAGUUGUCGAAAUUGCUCCUGGGUGUGUAACCCUAAAACUGCCUCCUGCCCCUAUGUUGAAGGAACGAAAUGAUAAAUGGCUGGGAUGGAGGUCUGCAGGUGGAUACCUCUGCCCGACUUUAGCAAACAAGAUGUUCCAUGGAUUUGCUACACAGUGGUUAGAAAUAAGAGGAUACAAUGACGUCACCAUUGAGCCAUAUGAUGUGGUGAACAGUAGAUCGGUACGGGUUAGUAUCAAGAGACCAUCAGUUCUGACAAUCACCAUUGAGGUUAUUCCCGCGUUAAAGCUUCAUGGUUUUCAAUUUCCGUUCAUAGCAAAGAAAUUUCAGUUUGCUAGUUCUCCCAUGGCAUGGUCCAUGGUGACGUAUGAGCGCGAAAAGGUUCUUCUGAAGUCAAUCAACAUGGCAGACAAUAACUGUAGAUCAAAAGCUCUGUGUGUUUUGAAAUAUCUCCGUCUACAUGACAGCGUUCUAGCCAACUUAACUACGUAUCAAAUGAAGACGUGCUUGCUGCACAUAGCUGAUUGUGAGAUUGACGAAACAAAAUGGCGGAAGCAGACAGUUGACCGUUGUUUCAUAAAGCUAAUUGAAACUUUGAUGAAAUUCAUUGAAAACAAAGAACUUCCACACUUCUUCAUAAAAGGAAUAAACUUGUUCGAGGAUUUUAAUAAAGACACUUUAGACAAAGUAUAUACAAGACUGAACGUUCUAAAGAAGAGAGAGAAAGAACUUGGGAGGUUACUGGCAAAAUGAACUUAUUCUUUAUUUUUAUAUAAUUCGCACGAGUAACCGCUCCAACUAGUGUCUAUAGGUUCCUUGCCUUAAACCACUCACCCAUUUGCGAGUUUUUGUGAUGGUGAAAAGCUUGAAGCUAGUAGGAUUGAAAUAGCAGUGGGAGCUUAAAAGGGAGUCGAACCUUCGUCACAUCCUUAUAAUAUUUUUGGUGUAAUUUUCUCCUACUCUACUCUAAACGAUCAGGUAU